GCUCCCGACAACUCCCCCGCCCCUCUGGCUGACCGGUGGGGGGUGGGGGAGGCAGAUGCCCAUGCCUGGUACUUCUCCAAUGCCUCCUCCACCCUACCCCGCCUCGGAAGGGCGGACCUGAUCCAGAGCACUCCCCCAGGCUUUCCCUCCCUCCUUCCCUCCCUCCCUCCAUGGUGGGGGCCGGGGCGGCAGCUGAGCAGACCAGCAGGCAGGCAGGUGGGCAGGAGUUUGUCCUCAAUUGGGUACCACCAGCCAGAUGGAGCCCAGGGCAGUGCCCCGGGGCCUGGAGGACAGGACUCAAGACUGCGGGCAGCUGAGACUCGAACCCUAGCCACUGCCCCAGGGUCCACAACCCCGGGGCACCACCAUGGCAUCUAACACCACAAGAGACAACCGAGACCCCAUGCCCCAGGUCGGGCUUUGGUUCUCCCUCACACUGGCAGGCCUCAUUGUGGGUGCCAACCUGCUCCUGGCAGUAGGAAUUGCUCAGGACCGCCGCCUCCGAGGCCCUCCUGCUGGCUGCUUCUUCCUAAGCUUGCUGAUGGCUGGACUGCUCACCGGGCUAGCCCUACCCACCCUGCCUGGGCUGUGGGGUCAGAGUAGGCAUGGGUACUGGCCCUGCCUCCUCCUCCACAUAGCCCCCAACUUCUCCUUCCUCUCUUUGCUCGCCAACCUCCUUCUGGUGCACGGAGAACGUUAUUUGGCCAUUCUAAAACCCCUCAGCCCUCCCCGAGGUGUCCGCUGGGCCUUACUGGUGGCAUGGACUGCUCCCAUGCUCUUUGCCAGCCUGCCAGCCUUGGGCUGGAACCACUGGGCACCUGGUGCCAACUGUACAUCCCGGGCCAUCUUCCCUGUCCCUUAUCUCUACCUUGAAGUUUAUGGCCUUCUACUGCCCUCUGUAGUGGCUGCUGCCCUCCUCUCUGUCCGGGUGCUGGUCACUGCUCGGCACCAGCUCCAAGAUAUCUGCCGGCUGGAGAGGGCAGUGUGCCGAGGUGCCCCUUCAGCACUGGCACGGGCCCUCACCUGGCGCCAGGCAAGGGCACAGGCAGGUGCCACAUUACUGUUCGGGCUAUGCUGGGGCCCAUAUGUUGCCACACUCCUCCUCUCAGUGUUAGCAUUUGAGCAUCGACUCCCUCUGGGGCCCAAUACCCAUCUGGCACUCAACUCUUUGGGCAGUGCCAGUGCUGCAGUUGUACCUAUGGCCAUGGGGCUUGGAGACCGGAGAUAUACAGCCCCAUGGAGGGAAGUUAUGCUGAGAUACUGGGGAGCCCUCCAGAGAACAGUUGCCCAUUUCAGAUCCCAGCCUGGACCCAGAGGCACCAACCAAGAUGGCAGCCCAGGCCAGGGAAAUGGUGACUGAGCUGGGAGUCAAGGAGCAUCUCCCAAGACCUGCUGCAGGGCUCCCAAGGGCCCAUCUCCCCUGCAUCUGCUCCAGGUUCCUUCCUUCUCCUGGAAAGAUGGAGCCUGAGUCCGAGUUAUCAUCCCUCCCAGGUGUCUGUCUUUUCACCAUCUUUGUGUCUGCUGGAAUAAAGUUACUUGGUCCAA